AUGAACAUCGGGAAAGCUUACAAUACCUUUAACAUCAGCAAUGGAACAGAUCUAGCUAUUGGCUUUACCUCUUCCACAGUAGCUGUCCUUCUAUUUGGGACAAACUUUGUGCCUGUUAAGAAAUUUGAUACUGGUGAUGGCAUGUUCUUCCAGUGGAUUCUCUGUGCCUCCAUAUGGAUCGUUUCUUUGGUGGUCAAUUUAAUCCAGAAUUGCCCCCGGUUUUGGCCUCUGGCUAUGGUUGGGGGCUUUGUGUGGGCUACAGGCAAUGUUACAGUUGUCCCUAUUGUUAAAACUAUUGGCUUAGCUCUUGGUCUUUUGAUAUGGGCUUCUUUUAAUUUGCUGACAGGUUGGGCAAGUUCAAGGUUUGGUUGGUUUGGAAUUGACCCAGAAGAGGUAUCAAGACCAAUCUUAAAUUAUAUUGGAGCUGGACUUUCACUAUUAAGUGCUGUCAUAUUUCUUUUUAUAAAAACUGAAGUCCAGAGUUCUUCAGCUUCAUUAGAAAGUACGCCUUUACUGAGAGAAACGUCUGUUAAUGUUUCUGAAGAUGACUCAUGGGUGAACAGACUUUCUCCAGCAAAAAAAAGAUUAAUAGGAUGUAGCCUGGCUGUAGUAGCUGGAAUACUCUAUGGUUCCAGUUUUGUACCAGUACUUUACAUCAAGGACCACGGAAGAAGAAAUGAAACUAUAUACACAGGAGCAAGUCAAUUUGAUUUAGAUUAUGUUUUUGCACACUUCAGUGGAAUAUUUCUUACAAGUACUGUCUACUUUUUGAUCUACUGUGUAGUCAGGAAAAAUAAACCUAAUGUUUAUCCCCAAGCCAUAUUGCCAGGGUUUGUUUCUGGUGUGCUUUGGGCAAUAGCCAAUUGCUGCUGGUUCAUAGCCAAUCACUAUCUCAGUGCUGUGGUCAGCUUCCCGAUAAUUACUGCAGGUCCUGGUCUUGUUGCUGCAAUGUGGGGAGUCCUUGUAUUUAAAGAAAUCAAGGGACUAAAAAACUACAUGUUACUCUCGGUAGCAUUUUGCAUCAUUUUGGCUGGAUCACUCUCCACAGCUUUUUCUAAAGUUUGAAACGAUCUUCUGGACCAGUAGAUGGUGCUACUGUUUAAUAUAAUCAGAAAAAUAAUAUUGGUAUAUCGCAAUACUAAAUAAUUUUCAAAAUGUAUGUCCAAUAUUUACCCUAACUUGCUUCAGGCAAGUGAAAAAGAAAACCUUUGCUAAAUAUUCCCAUUUGGCAUGAAAGAAAAUCUGGAAAUGUUUGUUUCUGCAUUUCUUGGAAUGCUAAGAAUAUCAAAGGAUUUUAUUAAAUAAAGCUAAAUGAUUUUAUGGUUACUAAUUCUUUUUUCUGGUUCAGGUACUAAACUUCAUGUCAUCAUAAAUUGCAGUUCACUGUUGUGAUGGUGG